AUGGAUUUCAAGAAGGUGUCUGAUUUCUUCGGUGGCACCAUUUUCCCCGCUGAAUACAGAGUUGACCUGCAGGAUUCUGACCGGAGGAUCACUGAACUUGAAAAAGCAAUCCUCCUACCGCCCACUAUCAGAGACCAAGCUUCAAUCAUUCUUUUGCGACUCAUUCACUCUGCUAUGAGUGGAGAUCUCGCCAGGGCAGAUAGUUGCCUCGAGCGACUAUCCCAGCUCCCGGAUCGUGAACUUGGACCAUCAUGGCCAAUUCGAUGGGAUGCGUACAGCUUUUAUAUCACUUGUCUGAAGAGAGUGCCGCCAAUCCUACGAUUCUGGACAGGUAGGAAUAACCAAAUUAGCGUGCUCAGGGACUAUGGGCUUUCGGUUCAAGACUCCCGGAGACGCCAGAUUAACCUGAAAGCACACCUCAGAAAUGAAAUCCAGAACCAACUUGAUAAGUUGGAAUAUCAUGUCAUUUACGACGUCUUUGAUUUCCAUUCCUACCUCUGGAUGCAAGCGUUCGAACAUCAUCCACAAUACCCAGACCGCUUUCUAGGUUUUAUGUUCGAUUCAUCAGAACCAUCUUCUCCAGCCACCAUUGACAGUGCACACGACUUAGGACUCACAAAGACCGCGGCUUGUUUGAAGAAGCUCACCUUGCAAUACUUGUUGGCUGGCGCUUCGAAAAACGCAACAGCUGCUCUUCACGACCUGGAAGCGUCUGACGAGAAGAUUUUCCCGGUAGCCCUGAACUUGAUGCCACACGGACGAGACCUGGGCUGGGAUAACGAGGCAAUGGAUUCUAUUGAAACGUCUCUCGCUCCUCAAAACGCCGAUUUAGCAAGAUCAUGCUACCUCGAAGCAUAUCAUUUAUUCGAAGCAGCAGGAUCCCAUGCUGGGAUGGGAGCAGUCAGCCUCCGGUAUGCCUGCAUAGACCACGUCCAGGCUAUAGAAGAAAUGAGGAGAGCAACCGAUGGAUCCACAGCUCAGUUGCUUGAGAACGCCCGCGAACACUUGCAGAAUGCCGUUCAACUGUGCUCCGGAGACAACACGCAUUCACUCAUAGUGUCCGGUCACAUCUUGAUGCUUAACAUUAGCAAUGACAGGCAUCAGGAUGUUUUGAGUCAAGCUUAUGAGAUAGGUGAUCGUUGCCGGCCAAUUGAUAACGUCGGUGUUUCCCAGUUUCUCGGGAUGCUCUUGCUCCGUCUUGGUCGCAAAUUUUUCCUUCUCCCAUCCGGCGUGCAGAGAGCGCUGAUUUGUUGUGAUUGCGCCGAGGUCUGUUGCUACGCCUUCAGAGAUCCUUAUCUGCAAUUGAGCGCGGUUGUCUCUCUCGCUGCAUUUCAACGCAAGAAUGGCAACGUUCCGACGGCCACUGCGCAUAUUGAACAUGGCCGAACCCUUCUGGAUCAGGCUGCCGACCACAUUGAUCGUCUUUCAGCACACGCAGACACUCCAGACCAUCGGCAUAUUCUGAAAUCGGUUCGUGCCAAUUGCAUUAGUGGUUUCAAUAGCCUAGCUAGAUCUAUCUCAAGCUCCAGCCAGAGGGCCAGACAGAAUGUACAAAACCCAGCUGACACUGUGCAAGGGGAAUCGUCUCUCGAGGCCAUGUUGAAUGUGCUGUCGUCACUCUCAACAGAUCCAUCCUUGAAGGCGUCUGCAGAUGGACUUCCCAGGAUAGAAACAUUUAUUGCACCACUGCGGGCAAUAUUUCAAGAGGCCAAUGAGGGACGUCGGACAAAACUACGCAUGAAUGCAGACAUAGACGCAGUAGACGAUUGUCUUAAGCAAGCACUCCUGCAGAUCGAGGCUGUCAGCCUCCCCUGCCGCUCUUCCGAAGUUGACAUAUACCAAAUUGCCUUACUUCGGCAGCUAGGUGAGUUUGACAGAGCACUCCAGCUUCUUCCGUUGACCAUGCCCCGGUGGCUGGGAGGACAAGGCGGAAAUGACUCUAUCACUGGAAAUUUAGCUCCUGAUAUUUCCAGAUUGACAUCUCGAAGACGGAGACAAGAUGCAAAGAGGUAUAUAUCUCUGUGUUUCAUUACUAAAGAGUGGGGACUGGGAUCCAAACUCCUCGGCCAGGUGGAACAGACCAUUCCUGACUAUUUGAACGAAGUCAGGAGCGCUCUUAGCCCGCAUGGCUGGAUGGACAUGUUUUGGAUUGGAUGCAUACAUGAGCACUCAGGCAACCUACCGUCUGCAUUGACAUGGUAUAUCGACGCUUUCCAGACCGUGGAAACGAAUUACAGGCGCUUGGCGGAUAUCAAUGAACGCCGCAAUCUGUACGACACGGUCCAUUCGAACGAGCUAUUUUUUGGGCUUGCCCGUGUUGCGUGGCUACUCUCUCAGUUGGAAGAUCAGGAUGAACCUGUCAUCAAUCUUGAUCAAUGGCAACUGACGCCCGCCCAAUGGAAGGAACAAGUUCUUCGAUUUCUGGACAUGGGUCACUUGCGAGCACUUCUCGACCUUCUCAUUGCGGAACAGGCUACAGACCGCGAACAAUUACAAAACUGGUCGGAAUAUUCGUGUCAAUUGAGGGACCACGAACUCAGGGCCUUUGGCACUCAUUUACCACCGCUCGACAAAGCCGGAUCUUCCACUACUGACGUCGCUGAGACGAAACUUGAAUAUCUAGAGAAAAUCCAAGCUAGAUUGAAGGCAGAGCUCGAACCCAUCAGUCUGACUAAGCUUGUCCCAGACGUUGAGGUGACUGCCAGUCUCAACGAGAUGAUCUACAACUCGAUUGCCACAGAUGCUCUGGUUGUGCAUAUCAACAUCUCUCGAGAUGGAUUGCUCAUACUGUGUAUCAGCUCAAACGGCAUCGAGAAUAUCUGCUUCGACGAGAUCACCGACAUUGAAGUGGAAAAACACAUCUUUCGCUGUCUGAAACUGUUUCGAGAUGGAGAAAAUGGGAAGAUGCCCGAUCUCUCAAGUUGUCAGGAAGCUUUGAUUAAUAUCUCCAACAUCGUCAUCGAACCCAUCUCACAGUACCUCAGGACUCGAGACCACAUCAUGUUCGUUCCCUCGCGGUCAUUGAACAAGUUCCCGUUCUCUGCCUUGACUUUGGAUGGACAGCCACUUUUUCUUACCAAGGACGUCUCAAUGUGCCCGAGCAUAGCCGCGCUUGGUCGCCUGGUUAAAAGGCAAAGAGACAUCGAAGGCUCAGUGGGGGUUGUGUACAAUGACGCGAAAGGACCAAGACCCCUACCCCUAUCAGCCGCCGCUUCUGUCCUGAUCGCUAGAGCCUUCGACACUGUCCCUCGUCCCACUACAGUCGCAUCACACAAGGACUUCAGCAGCCUCUACGAACAGUCUAGCAUCAUGUUCAUUGCGACGCACGGAACGCAGCACAAGCAAUCCGCAUGGCAGUCUACGUUGGCGCUGAAUCCUCCGUUCCGUGUGCUUGAUCUGUCCCGCAUGCGCAGUAGCGCCGCCCUGGUCAUCUUCGAGGCUUGUGUCAGCGGCUUGGGCGAAGAGACUGUUGGCGACGACAUGCUGGGUUUCUCACAUAUCGUCCUCUCGUCUGGUGCCUCGGCGUUCCUGGGUGCCUUGUGGACGCCAGAAAAAAACAAAGCUGAGGAAGCUAUUAAAUCGGUGUCGAUCGUCAGGUGCUGGCGCACCGCACAGCUUCAACUGUACGAGGCAAACGCAAGCAGAGCCAUUUCGACGUUCCAGGAAAUGGCGGAUCAGUGUCAGGAGGCAGAGAAGGCGCAGAAACAGCCAGACGGGACGAAAAGACCUGCGCUGGUUUCCCGUUCUCAGUCGAAAAGGUUCCAAAAUGCGUUACGAAGCAUGGUCGAGACGAUCGAGACGGAAGGCGUGGACUAUAAGCAUCCGUUCUACUGGGCGCCGUAUGUUCUUGUGGGGAAUGGGGGGUUGCUUGUCUAG